GCUCUCUCUGACCUCCAGCUGGUCGUGGCGAUGGGGCAGGCGGCGGCGGACGUGCUCAACGACCUCGGCGUCUGCCGCUUCGAGCUGGGCGAGCCGGGGAAGGCGAUGGAGGACUUCGAGGCGGCGCUGGAGGCCGACGAGCAGCACGCCCACGCGACGCUCAACCGGGGGAACUGCCACCGGCUUGCGGGCCGGCUGGCGGAGGCGAGGGCAGACUAUUCUCGCGCGACCAGCCUCGACCCGCGGCUGGUCGCCGCCUUCAACAACCGCGGCGCCCUGUCGCUGGUGGAGGGGCGGCACGCGGACGCGGUGGCUGACCUCGAGGAGGCGGUGCGGAUC